UUUUUUAACCAAUUAUAUUUUCUGGGUUUAGACAGACAUUCUUCUCCAACUUUUUCCGGGUUGAUCUAUUAUAACUCUCCUUCUUAUUACAUGCGAUUUGGAUGUUAAAAAAUGGAAAAGGAAGCAAAGAAGGAAGCAUUUAGGAAGUACCUGGAAUCUAGCGGAGUUCUUGAUGCUCUGACAAAAGGUCUUGUUGCACUAUAUGAGCAGAAUGACAAACCUUCUUCUGCUAUUGAGUUCAUCCAACAAAAGAUAGGUGGUCCAACUGUGUCAGAGUAUGAAAAGCUACAAGCUGAACUGUCAGAUUUACAAAUAAAAUAUCAAGAGCUUUUGGCUUUACACACAGAGAAGUGCAAGGAGUUUGAGGAGUUGAAAAAAUCACAUACAAUGGCAUCUACUAGAGAGAGCAUUGAUGAGUCCCCAAAGGAUGUGUCAUCAUGUGUACAAGGUAACUUCACAUGAUCUUACACUAAAUAGAUCUCAUUUAUGGUUGCAUCAAACAUUGUUCAAAUUUGGAGAGAGCAAAGGCUUGUACAGUGUUGUAUCAUUAUUCAUCUACAAUGAGAUUUUAUUCUGGGAACUUUUGUGCUAUCAUUGUCUUCAGGUGACCGGUGAAAUUUGUCUGGACUUUUCGCCUAUGUAAUAUUUCGGAUCCAACUUUUCUGCCAUGUGUAUUUGGUCAUUAUUAACUGAA